GCGAUGCUUUCAUUCACUGCCACCUAAAAUCCAGCAGAAGCUCUUUUCGAAAGAAGAACAGAAUUGGUUUCACCGCACGCAGUUUGAAGCUUGGUUCUUUGAUGUUGCCGGUGAACCGCCUUACCCGCUGGAGAAGGCAAGACGUUCCCGGCAUCAGCCUCCUGAAAUUCAAUCCUCGGACAGAAACUCGAUUGCAACCUCACAGUCAUCCACCUUAUACUUCGACUUCUCUGAUUCGGAUUUGGGUUCUGAUACCGACAUGGACAACUCGCUCUACGAUAACUUCCGCUGGCUUGAAGAGGACGGAGAUCUUGACCUAAGGCUGGACGAGUACCACGCGCAUGUUGCCAAGUCGAUGCCAAAUUUGCCGCCUCGAAGGCGGCCUUCUUUUCGAACGGCGCUAUCAUUUAAUCCAGACCUUUCAACCCGCAAACUAACAUCGGCAGUGUCGCAUCAAAAAGCGCAAUCCGUGCGUCGAUCGUCGACAUUUCCGACAGCGCCGAUGAAUAUCACGGCUCGUAAUUCAAGUUCUCGACCGUCAUCGAGCCAAAGUCAAGCUCAUAUGCCUCGAUCUUCCACGUCCAGUAUCGAUCCAUCGGCGCAAUAUUACCAGGACCCCGAGGCCCGCCUUAAACUGCGGGUCUACUUGGCAUCCCCGCAAAACUUUGAUGAAGCUGUUGAGUUCGGUUUUCCGGCUCAAAACAAUGAGAGAACCAUGUCAGCUGAACGCAAAACGGAGCCCCAAAUGUUUGCUGGCACGUUCCUCGACGACGAGGAUUCGCCUUUUUCAGACGAACGGUGCGAUAAGCGAAUGAACGUAGCUCGACUCUCGUAUGUGCACAAUUCUCGCUCAUCAGACCUCGGAUGCCCAAAUCUCAGACACCAGUCACGGUUGCUACCACCGAGGCCUGGCAACCAGCAGCAUGCCGGUAGCAACCGCGAAAUGACUCUGAAGAUGACGCUGACGAGACCCGACCUUCGGACGACGGUGCCACCCGGGGUGGACCCACAGAGGCUGCCACUGGAGGAUAGCGGUUCCCACAUGUGGGAAUCCAGUGAGGACGAGCAAGGGUUGAUGAGGAAAAUGUGGCGUAAGUUUCGGAAACAGAAAUUCUGAGCUUUUUGUCCUUUAUACCUUCUUCUUUACUCCUAUGAUUAAUGAUUUGUUGAACUUUUCAUCAAUUAGCGGUGCCCGUUAGUAUUGCUUGUACAUACAUGAAUAGGCUUUUCCUACCAGCCCAAUCGGAAAUAAGAUACAGUACUGUACCUUCUAUACUUAAGAAUCUAGUAAACCCCCCUCGGUAGCCACCAGUAACUUCAGAACAGGAACUAGCAAGUUGUUUUCUAGGAUUGCGCGGAUGCUCAUCCCAUAGUCGAGAUUACUAUUAUAAGCUCAAUACGUAUCACGGUUGGAUACUGAAUGCAAUCUUUACACGUGACCAUGCAGCUCCCUCUGAGGCCACGCAGCUAUCCACCACGCACUACAUUCUU